CAAACACCCCAAGCUUUGCUUGUCUCGUCCUCCGUCCUCCUCCCAUCCAGCCUCUCCUCCAAUCAUCCAGGGCCAUUUUCUAUCCUAUUCCCGUCAACCACAUCGGGGGCUCGGGGCAACCUGCCAAACACAGUCCGCGAUCCAUCCAAACCCCGGCAGCUCCUUAAUCCCCCUCCCCCGGAGCCGUCGAGAUGCUCCUUUCCUCCAUUGGCUCAGCUCCCGCCGCUCCUCCGUCUCGCGCUCGCCGGUCGCCGCUCCAAGGACCAUGCCCUGCUCGCUGCUUCCAGCUCCAUCGCCUCGCCCUUGUCUAAUCGCCUCGCUGCGUCGGCCGCCGCACUGCAAAGACCGGUUCUUGCUGCCCCGGACCCGGAGGCGGCCAAGGCUGCGGCUUGGGUACGUGCGCAUGGCCGAGAUGGCCAGGGUCGGGAGCGGCGAGGUGUCGUCGCCGGAGGUCGGGGUUUCCGUGGAGAGUGACCCGAUGCUGGGAGGGGAGGAGUCGCUCGGCCCGAGAAGGGAAGCGAGCCGGUGGGCGCCUGUCGAGGCCGCGCUGAACCGGAUGAGUAAAUGGCUGGUGGCUGGUUGUUUUGCUUUUGUAGCUCUUUGGAAGCAUGAUGCUGAAGUUAUCUGGAUUUUGCUGGGUGCGGUUACCAACUCUCUGCUGUCAGUGGUUCUGAAAAAGUUGCUAAACCAUGAAAGACCAUCAGCUUUGCGGUCUGAUCCUGGGAUGCCAUCAUCUCAUGCACAAUCCAUUUUCUAUGGGGCGACCAUCUUAGUUCUUUCAUUGUACUAUUGGAUUGGGACAAAUUAUCUGACUCUGAUUCUUGGGCCUGCAGCUCUGUCAAUGGCUGCCUAUCUAUCGUGGUUACGGGUCUCACAGCGCCUUCAUACACUAAACCAGAUCAUGGUGGGAGCCGGUGUAGGAUCUGCCUUUGGUGCUUUAUGGUUUGUGCUCUGGCAUUCACUUGUGCAGGAGGCAUUCGCUUCUUCACUGUUGGUCCGGAUUACAGUCAUCCUCGGAUCAUCAGUAUUUUGUGUUGGCUUUGUCAUGUACAUGAUCCGUCAUUGGCUCAAGGAUGAGUGAUUGUACUUCACAGCUGCAGUGGGAUAUUGAUUGUUAGAAACUACUGCACUAGAACCAAUUGUGGUAGCAGACUGUUUUCCCUGGACUUUGAAUUAUCACCCUGAAACUAUUCUGCUUAUGAGUCAUGAUGGUUUAAAGCCCACGGGACAGCAAAAAUUCAGUUGCAAUCUAGAAUUCUUUUUAUUUACUAAUGUAGCAAAUAAUUUAUUACGACUCAUUUUCCAAUCAUUGUAAAAAUCUUCUUCCUUUUUACUCUUC